UUUAACAGAUUUUUCAUUGAUUCAAUAGUCACGUGUUCUACUACGGAAUAUAUGUUUUCUCGGUUAAUGUUAAACUCUAACAGUUUGAUUCUAUGUUUCAUAUCAUAAAGACGGACAAAUAACAUAUCUUAAGUAUGCAUACCGAAUUUUCAGCACUUAAUCAGUAUCUUGAAGCAAGCCAAUUUGCCCAAGAAGCUACAAUGGACUUUCAUGUAGAUCAGAAGGUUCCCCAGAAAACCUGUAUUCUCGGAUCAGAAAGUUUGAACUACCCAAACAUUGUUAGUGAAGGACAGUUUACUUGCUCACUGAACAAUUUCUUAGAAAAUAUGGGAGAAUUUGCCCCCAGAUCACACACUGUUGUGCCUGUUAUGGAGACACCCCAAGAAUUCCAAAAUCCAGAGAGUCCCAAAAGUUUCAUCGAUAUGGACAGUCAUAAUGAUCCGACAGAUCAUGACAUUUCAUUAUAUGAUCCAAACUGUGUUGUGAAAACGGAAAAAAAUUACGUGCCAUGUUCGAUGUCUUCAAUAAACACCGUUUCAAAUCUACCGAACUUUUGUAGUAUAAACAAUGAACCCUACGUCCCGCCUGUAAAGACGGAAACAUUGGAAUCUCUCUCAUGUGGAGAUCAGUUUGGAAGUUGUGAUAUAGGCUCCGCUGUUGUUCUGGCUCUGAAGAAUGAAAUUAAUCAAGUUUGCAGAAUAUUGGGAAUUUCACCAGAUCCACGUAUGUGGUCUGAAUCCGAUGUUCAGAGGUGGAUGGAAUGGCAUGGCAAUCAGUUCCAGGCAUCUUAUGGCGUCACAGAGGCUUUCAGAAUGUGUGGAGCACAGUUAUGCCGACUGAGUAGUGAAGAUUUUAGAAGAAGAUCUCCCGAGGCAGGAGCCAAUUUGUAUGCACAACUGGAUGUUUGGAAAAAUGCUUGCAGUUUGCCAAAUCCGCAAAUAAAGCAGACGACACCAGAUUUUUAUUAUCCGCCAGCGCCCCAAGAGUCCUUCGUGCCAGCGUCUCUCUCCCCCACUCCCAGUGUAGCCAGCGAAGAAAGCUACCGUAGCAGUUCGCCGAUCAGUUCUCAUUCAGAUGAAGAAGUCACCACACCGAAUUAUCAUAGUAAUGUAAACAGUGGAAAACAAACAAUCCAUCUGUGGGAGUUUUUAAAGGAACUUCUACUGCAACCAGACAAUUACAGUGGCUGUAUCAAAUGGGUUAGUCGUACUGAUGGUAUUUUCAAAAUUGAAGAUUCAUCUCGUGUUGCUAGGCUUUGGGGAAAACGAAAGAAUCGACCAGCCAUGAACUACGAUAAACUGAGCAGGUCUAUUCGCCAAUAUUACAAGAAGGGGAUCAUAAAGAAGACAGAGCAUUCCAAGCGACUUGUGUACCAAUUCUGUCAACCCUAUCUCUGAAAAGAAACAUUUUACUAAUCAGUCAAUUUUAAGGACUUUCCCCAAAAUGUCCAUUUCACGCUUUCUGCGUGAUUCAUUAAAAUGGUUACUGUUUAGUAAUUCACGUUAUGUUCCAUAGUUUCCAGUUUCCCCAUUGUGACUGGCUUAUAUAAUUGAUGUAUUCCUAAAAACUGGCAGCUGUUGUUUCAUGUUGCUCUGGUGCAGGCACCAGUUGAUAUCUCAUAGAGUGCUGGCACCAACUGAUAUCUCAUUGUGACAUAUUCAUCUGAGAUAGGUAGAUUUUUUAAUAUUAUUCUUGCCACACUUCUUACCCGGUGGCCAUAAUGCUAUGUAUUUGAAUUCCACUACACAGGCAAAUUAAAACAUUGCUUGUGUUUGUUUUUUAUAUAAUUAUGUAUGUUGUAAGAGUAAAUGGUAUCUGAGGCGUUUUCUUCUCAAUUGUAUUUAUAUUUGUUAGAUAUUGAUUAUUAUUCUUUUAAUUUUUUUUUCUAGAUAUUGCUAAAUGCUGAUAAUUGAUUUUCUCAUACUUAGUUUUAUCUAUAGUACUGCAAUUGAAGGCAUUUAUGUGAUAUUUGAAAAUAAUAUGACCAUAUUUUAACAUGUUUCCAGACAAUAAAUCAAUUUGAAAACAUGCAUAAACUUUCUUCUUGACUACACAUGGAGUCUUCUUUCUUUUCAAUAUAACGACAAGUUAUGGAGAUGACAGAGUCCGAAA